AUGCAAACUUUUACCAGUUCAUGCACAUCUUUAAUUGUCACCAUGGCGGCUCAGCUAGUGGCAGCACUCUUAUCUCCACAAGCACUAUCGCUUUAUCUCCUGCUCCUCCCUAUCGUCCUCCUCUACUACUCGGCAACAAAAACAAAGAGAUCGGGGAGCGAGCAGGCUGCGGCGGCGGGCCAUGGCGAAGAGCGCCCCCUUCCUGCGCCUCCGAGUAAGCUCCCUGUCAUCGGCCACCUCCACCUCAUCGGCACCAACCCCCACGUCUCCCUCGCCGCGCUCACCGCCCAGCACGGCGACGGCGGGAUCCUGCUGCUCCACCUGGGCCAGGUGCGCAAUCUCGUGGUCACUACCCCGGGCGCCGCGGAGGCGGUGCUUCGCACGCACGACCACGUCUUCGCGUCGCGCCCGCAGAACGCGUUCGCCGACACGCUCCUCGACGGCUCCGACAUCGCCUUCGCCCCCUACGGCGAGUUCUGGCGGCAGCUGAGGCGGCUGGUCACCACGCACCUGCUCAGCGCCAGGAAGGUGCUGUCGCUCCGCGCUGGUCGCGAGGAGGAGGCACGCCUGGUCAUGGCCAAGAUCCGCGACGCUGCGGCCGCCGGCGCCGCCAUGGACGUGUCCACGCUGCUCGCCACCUUCACCAACGACGUCGCUUGCCGCGCCGUGUCCGGCAAGUUCUUCCGGGAGGAAGGCCGGAACGAGCUGUUCCGGGAGGUGAUCGACGGCAACGUCGCGGCGUUCGGGGGGUUCAACCCGCAGGACUACUUCCCGAGCCUGGCCAAGGUGGACGCGCUGGCGCGGGUGCUGUUCCCCAAGAUGACUCGGCUGAGGAAGAGGUGGGACGGGCUGCUCGACAGGAUCAUCGACGACCACGCCACCAAAUCAUCGCUGCAGCAAGAAGAAGAUGAGGAGGAGACAGACUUCGUGGACGUUCUCCUCGCUCGUCAACACGAGUACAGUCUCACCAGGCAGCAUAUCAAGGCCAUUUUGGUGGACAUGUUUGUAGCUGGGACGGACACGUCAUACGUAGUCCUAGAGUUCGCCAUGGCCGAGCUCAUGCGAAAGCCACACCUCAUGGCCAAACUCCAAGCCGAGGUAAGGGAAAAGACACCAAAGGGCCAACCAAUGGUCAUGGAGGAUGACUUGGGCGGCAUGACCUACCUAAAGGCGGUCUUGAAGGAGACGCUCCGGCUGCACCCACCAUUGCCCCUCCUCCUCCCACACUUCUCUGUGGACAAGUGUGUCAUUAACGGCUACACAGUCCCCACCGAAACUCGUGUCAUCAUCAAUGUGUGGGCCAUCGGCAGAGACCCUGGGUCGUGGGAGGAUGCGGAGGAGUUCAUCCCUGAGAGGUUCGAGGACAUCGCGUCCCCCGACUACAAGGGGAGGGAUUUUGGGAUCCUGCCGUUUGGAGCCGGUCGAAGGAUAUGUCCCGGGAUAAACUUUGGCAUGGCCUCCGUGGAGAUUAUGCUCGCCAACCUUGCAUAUUGCUUUGAUUGGGAGCUCCCGGGUGGGAUGCAGCACAAGGACCUCAAUAUGUCAGAGGUGUUUGGAAUGACGAUACACCGGGAGGAGAAGCUAAUUCUUGUCCCAACAACACGAGAUGUUAGUCAUGAAUAA